AAGAAGGGGGAUCCGACCAUAAGAAGUGAAGAAAACGCAGUGGAGCUAACGGUGUCUAAAAGUGAAUCCCUUCUUCUCGUGUUGUCCCCUCUCACAUGAGAGCCGUGAACAGGGACGCGUGUGUUUGCCUUUGUUUUGAGUAUUUUGUUCCUUCCCAGACUGAGAGGACUUACACCAUCAGAGGCGAUGAGAUGUGAGUGAGCUAUGCCUUGUGGAAAUGGACAGACUUUAACCAAGCGAAAACAUGGCGUCUGCGUCCCGAGGCUUAGCUUCUUCUCCAGUCUGCUUGUGGCGCUCUGCUGCCUGGGGGCAUGGGGCUCCGGGCCUGCGGGGGACGGCGGCCGGAGCUGCAGCCCCUGUCCCGUCAACUGCAGCUGCACGCCGGCGGGGCCCCUGCCGUCCUGCGCCGUCAACUGCUCCCACCUCGGGCUGGAGAGGGCCCCGGCAGCGGCGGACAUCCCGCCGGACACCACCGUGCUAGACCUUUCCAGGAACCACAUCUCCUCCCUUGAUACCAGCCUGCUAGAUCGUCUCACUGGCCUCCGAGAGCUGUAUCUCCAAGGAAACAAGAUCAAAGUUCUCCCGAGGGGAGUAUUCUGCUGCGGACCGCUGUCAAUCCUCGAUUUGAGCAACAAUCUCAUCGCCACCAUAGAAGAAAGAAUAUGUGACAACCUUUGCAACUUAACUCAAAUUGACCUGAGCAGUAACCCCUUUGAUUGUGACUGUAAGCUGUUUCGGCUGGUUAGCUGGCUCCAGGAGAAAGGGGUGCGGGUUCGACGCCCGGACGCCAUGCUCUGCAACCAUCCUCCUGAGCUGCGACACCGACCCCUGCUCAACGUCAGCCUGCUCACCUGUGGUCUGAACUAUGCAGCUUGUUUUGAGGACAGCAGCAGUGGAGGAGGGGGACGGAGCGAGCUUGUUAUCUUCUCUUCCUCCACACCCGGAAACUUCACGCAGAAACAGUGUAACAGUGUGUGUUUUGCUGCAUCCCACCGCUACGGGGGCUUGGGGGAUAGGCACGAGUGCCUCUGCAGCACGAACUCGGAGCCGAACUUGAUCAGCGAGUCUCAGUGUUCUGCCGCCUGUACAAAGCCCCAUGUAAUGAAGGAAUGCGGGUGGGCUCUGGCUGAUGUCGUGUUUGCGGUGGACUUCGCCGUCUCACUGAAGUUUCUCUCACUGAAUUCUCUCCCACUGCAAAGCGUGCACGACCACAUCAGUUUCUCCGCUGCGUCCUCCGUCACUCCAGUGAUGCUAACCUGGGACUUUGGUGACCAUUCUCCUCGGGUCGAACAAGCAGGAACAGAGGUCACAGCAGCAACUCACAAAUACGGACUUCCAGGACAAUAUUUGAUCAGUUUGACGGCCUCGGCUGGACGCAAGGGGGUCUUUGCAAGCGGAGAAGUGACCGUGACCGUGACACUUCCUCCCAAACUGGAGCUGCGCUGUCCUCCUCUGGCUGUGGCCAAUAAGAGCCUAGAGUUCACACUUGUCAGCUGGGGGGCUGUCGGCGUGGAUGUGGACUGGAAGAUUUCCAAGGAUGGUGUCCAAGUUGCCAAAGCCUCCCCUCACUGCACAAAGGAUGGGAGGUACCACGCCGAGUCCUCACGCUGUUUCCAGAUCGCUCCAGAGGAGUUGAGCUGGACAGAUGCUCGACAGCAGUGUUCAGACCGCGGCGGGGACCUGUCCUCGGUCCCACUCGACGCGCUGCGUACCCUUCUGUCGCCCAAAGUCCCACAGGAGCGAGGUGUGGGGCUGGAUGUCGACUUUCCAGCUAAGUUGCGCUCGGUGAACGGCUCCGAGGCCCAGGACGGGUCCCUCGAUCAACGUGCUCAGACUAAUUCACACCAAUUCAACGCUAAGGGGGCUUAUGUUUGCCAGUUUAGCCCCCAAGUGCGUGUUCCAGAUGCAGGGAUUUACACUGUUGGCCUGGCUGUGUUUCCCUCCCAUAAUCCCUUGCACCAUGCCCUGCCCGCUACGCUCUCGGCGCCACAGCCUCCCACAGGUGGCAUAGAGGUGCUGUUGUUCCCGGCUCUGAGCUUUGUUCAGGCAGGCCGUCUGUCCUCCCUGGAGUUUCUCACUCAGCAGCUCAGCUCACAAGUCCAAGUCCGAUUCCAGACCUACAGACCUCACUGUCAUUACCCCGGCCUGCACCUGCUGCUACCCGGCUGUGGAGGUCCGGCGUGUUCCCCAGUGGCCGUCUGCGUCUCCAAUGAGACGAGGGGUGACGACCCCCCCCCCUGCCCCCGAUUGGAGCAGUGGUGCCCCUUCCAGCGGCGCUGCCUGUCCCUCGCCAGUCCCUGCCCCCCCUCCUCCUGUCCAAACUGCACAGCAUCUCACCGCCUGCCCCCUGGGGCGCUGAGGCCCAGAUACACCCUGCAGAAUGAGGUGGUCUUCAACCUACUGGCAGGACCAGCUGCACACGUUCAGGUACAAGAGCAGCUGGAGGACCUCUUGGUUUCCCGUGGUGAUGUCAUCGCCCUGCAGCACGACGCUGGCCCCGCCUCCCUUCUCCGUUGCCAAUCUUCCCCACUCUCACUGUGGCAGCAACCUGUCUUAGCCCUCAACCAAUCAGAGUGGUUCUGGAUCAACAACACCGGACGGUCACCAGGCACCUCAGCCGAGGGCGACCCUCUGCCGGACCCUGAGCUGGAUGUGAGGGCGCUGGUGGAGGACGGAGAGGGGGGCUGGUUGGAGGAGGUGGUCUGCCCUGUCAGAGUGCUCUCUGUGGGACACAGUGAGACCCAGCUGCAGGGAGCACAGCUGUCCGCAGGUCUCCCUCAGCCCGGACUCUACAGCCUGCUGGUGACUUCAGUUGAGCCGUCAUACCCAGCCUCAGCAUCAUGCUCGUUGCGUGUGGUGCCUCCUCUGGGCUUGACGGUCCUCCACCCCCCUCCCCAGAAUGGCACCCUCUACCUGCAGCCCAACGACACCCGGCUGCUGCUCCGCGUCCGCUCCAGCUACCUAACAAAGGCCUUUCGGCGCAACAGCAAUCACAGCGUGACUUUCCAGCCCGACUGUCCCAAAGAGUUUUCCUCCAACGCAGCGCUCUGCCGGCCCGGGCCUGGCUCAGGGUCGGGGGGGGAGGUCCCAGAGCCCAGCCUGUACGCAGUGCUGGAUCUGAGCCUGGACACAGAGGAGCAGCGCAGUACAGUGCAGGUGGAGCUGGAAGCCCAUAAUAAUGUAACGGAGGCCAGUCUGUCUGUGGUCAUCCACCUGGAGGAGCCCCUCAGAGAACUGAUGGUGCAGCCCAACCCUGAACACAGGGUGCUGAUGGAGUCAGUCGUGAGCUACACAGCCUCAGUGCGUGAAGGCUCCAAUCCCACUUUUAAAUGGACAGUGGAUGACAAGCCGUACUUCACCUACUACAACACUGUGCUCAACGUCAUCUACCAGCACGCUGCCAUCUACAAGCUCACAGUGACGGCCUUGAACCAUGUCAGCUCCCUCACAGAGCAUUUCAACGUGACCGUGGACCGGCUGCAGCCCAUGGCCAACCUCACAGUGAAGGGAGUGCCCGACGUGGUCCCUCAGGGCUCCACCCAGACCCUCACCACCUCUGUGCUCGUCGACAUGUCGGUGGCCGCCACCUUCCGAUGGUCUUUUGGUGAUGGAGGAUAUGAGGAAUUUGACUACAAGCCUCCUUACACCACCUCCCUUCGCUGUCCAAACUCUCAGGUCCUUCUAAGCAACAACGUUACCUAUAUUUACUCUCAGCCAGGGAUAUACACAGCGCUGGUGUCCGUGUCCAACCGCUAUGAGAACAUCAGUCAGAGCAUCAACAUGAGCGUCUACAGCAUCCUCACUCGUGUCGAUAUACAAACAGAGCCACAACUCCUCCUCACUGACAAAUCAGCCGAGUUCGAGGCUCACCCUCUGCCCUCGCCCUAUGGCAUUCACUACGACUGGCGCUUUGGAGACGGUUCUCCCCCGAUACAAGGUCGCCGCGUGGCACACACCUACGCACAGAGCGGCAUCUUUAACGUCUGCGUAUCGGUAAACAACACCAUCAGUUCUAUGGAGGCUUGUGCCGAGGUGUUUGUGUUCGAGGAGAUUGCUGAUUUGACGGCUAAGAGCUCCUCUCCUACAGAGCUUCACAGUCCCACCGUAGUACAGGCACGGCUCGGGUCAGGUAAUAACAUCACAUGGACGUUCUCCAUGGGAGACGGGGAAAUCUACACGACAUCGACACCUCACAUAUCACACAAAUACGUCACAGAGGGCAACUACACAGUGAAUGUGACGGCAGCCAACACUGUGAGCUUUGGCUGGAUUCCAGUCUCAGUGCAGGUAUUCGUCUUCCAGGUUGUGAGGAUGGAGCCUUCAGGGUGUGUCCAAGAGCGGACCCUGGUUAACUUUCAGGCCUGGGUGUCCGGUAAUGCAUCAGCUCAUCUUUAUGAAUGGAGCUUUGGGGACGGGAGUCCAAACGAGACACACCAGGGCAACCCCACAGUCUCCCACACCUACCGGACGAGCGGGAAGUACCACCUCUCUCUGCGCCUCUCCAGCGGGGUAAACAAGGCCACCAAGGCCAACUUCUUCAACUGGAUGUGUGUGCAGCCAGCUCUUACCAACAUCAGCCUCAGCCUUGAUAAAUCCCACUACGCUGUUGGGGAGAAAAUCUCCUUCCAGGCCAGAGCCCAGCCAGAAUCAAACUACAGCUACCAGUGGGACUUUGGUAGAGGGGAAGACCUCAUGCCCAUCACAAAUUCUGGGAAUACCGUGCAAACAUAUAAACACCCAGGCCAUUACAAUGUGUCAGUGGUUGUCUUCAAUAACAUCUCCGCCAGUAACACCACUGUUGUGAUUGAGGUUCUGAUGCCUGUGGGUCCAGUUGUUAUCCAACAUAAUGGAACAAAGAACAAUAACCUAACACUUAAAGCACCAUACGCUUUCACAACCUCUUCCAUGGCUUCCAAUGUCACUUACAUCUGGAAAUUUGGGGACGGAAAUGUGCUAACAGGCCAGAAUAUCCUCUACACGUUCAACACCUCUGCCAAGUACAAUAUCUCACUGAUAGCGGCCAACACAGUUAGCAGGAAUCACACUAUCUUACCUGUCACUGUGCUCGCGCCAAUCCGCGGGUUGAGCGUCAACGCCAGUUUGGUAAAUGUCCCUCUCAAUGCCUCCGUCCACUUCGAGGCCCAAAUGGAGGAAGGAGAUGAUGUCCGCUUCUCUUGGAUCCUGUGUGACCGCUGCACUCCAAUCCAAGGCACUCACACCAUGUUCUACACAUUCCGCUCCAUGGCCACCUUCAACAUCAUUGUGACAGCGGAGAACGACGUAGGAACGGCACAAGCGAGCAUCUUCCUGUACGUCCAACGCGAGCUGGAGGGCCUGCAGAUAUUGACGGCGAAGGAGACAGGAGGAGCAGGAUUGGAGGGGGGCUACUUCGCCACAAAUCGCAUCCUCCACCUUCAAGCAGGAUUAAAGGAAGGAACCAACAUGACCUUCACUUGGAAUAUUAUUAAAGACCUAGAACCCCUCGCCUCGAGCUAUAAUAUUAGCGGGAAGACAGUGGAGGUGAAUUUCUCUACACCGGGCCCGUGUCACAUCUAUCUCCGAGCAGCCAACCUGCUGGGCCAGCUGACCAUCAACAGAACCAUCCAAUUCCAGGAGCCAGCAGGAGGGGUGGAGCUGCAGAUCAGCGACAACCCAGUAGCAGUCAACACUCCAACUAACCUGACCGUGCUGAGUGCUCAAGGCACAAACCUGCAGUACAGCUGGUUUGUGAAUGGGGACCCUUUGCACACGUGGAACAUGCACUCGAAGACCCACACCUUCCUCAGUCCUGGCCUAAAGCUGGUUACCGUGGAGGUCUUCAAUAAAGUUAGUUUCAAAUCUGAGUCAAAGAAUGUCAGUGUCCAGGAAGUCAUCUCCGGGCUGGGAUUCACAGCUACCAAUGUGACAACGCAGAGUUACGUAGAGACAGGCGUCAGUGUGAAGCUCCAGGGGGAGGUACUGACGGGGACCAAUGUGUCGUGGACAUGGCUGUUCAAAGGAAAAACAGAAACAGGAAAGAACACUUCUCUGAUUUUCCACGAGGCAAAAACAGCCACCGUUACUCUGAAUGCGACCAACGACGUGAGCAUGGAAGUGGUUUCCAGAGAUUUCGUUGUUCAGGAUAGGAUUAAGGGGUUGGAGCUGAGGGCAAGUAAAAAGAUUGCAGCUCUCAAUGAGACAGUGGAGUUCACCAUAUCUAUGGCAGCGGGCUCGGACGUUCAUUUCAUCCUCAACAUCAGCGGAGAUACAACUCUUCACCCUGAACUCAACCGAACCUACGUCUACAGGUUCACCAGGGUGGAUACGCACAUGGUGAAUCUCACUGGGCGCAACCAGGUGAGUGAUCAGACGAGGCAACUCCACGUGGAGGUGAUGCAGCCGGUGAGUGGACUUUCCAUCCAGGAGAGCGCUGCAGCAAUCCCAGUAGGCGUUAAGACAUCGUUUACCGCCAACAUCCUAACGGGCAAUCCUGUAUCUUUCCUGUGGACUUUUGAUCUGUGCCACCUCCACCAGACGACGCGUAUAGGCAAAACGGUGUUCUACACGCCAGAAGAACCAGGUGGAUUGCUAAUCCACCUGAAGGCCUUGAACGCACUUCAUGAUCAGAUCUUCGAAAAGCAAAUCCUGGUGCAGAACCUGCUGAAAAGUGCCACCCUGCACGCAGCACCCAGCGACACUUUCAUCAACAAGAUGGUGAAGCUGAGCGCCAGUGUCACACCCAGAUCCAAUGAUGUGGAAUGCUUUUGGAACUUUGGCGACGGCUCGUCUCUAGUUCACACAAACCGAACUACUGCAGGUCACGAGUACAGACACCCCGGGCACUACAUGGUGCAAGUGAACUGCAGUAACCUGGUGAGCUCGGUGUCGGCUCAGGUGGAGGUAAACAUCAGCGUGUUGGAGUGCGAGGAGCCAGAAGUGCAGGUGGUUCAAGCCCCCCGUCUGGCCAUCUGGCGCUACCAGUCCACUUUGGUGGAAGCCAGUGUGAACCUGAAAGGCUGUGUACGCUACGGAGCGCAGUACCUCUGGCAGAUACUCUCCACCCCCUCCUGUGAUAAUGAUAAAGACCAGAUUCCUUCUCAGUCUUCGAUCGUGCCAGUGGAGGUGGAUGUGAAGCGGCUACAGCUGUCGUUGCCUAAGAUGACGCUGGCAGCAGGGAACUACACCUUGGUGUUUUCUAUGUCCUACGAGGGCGUUCCGCUAAGGAAGGCCGCCUGUCUGCAGCUCAGUGUCAUGGCUGCCAGGCUGAGGCCCAUCAUAGAAGGGGGCACCUAUAGGGUGUGGUCCAGGACACAGGACCUGAAGCUCAGUGCGGAGCAGUCCUACGAUCCCAACAUGGACCCAAAGGAACAGUCACUACUGAACUACAACUGGGAGUGUCAAAGCAUUUCCAAGGGCACGCAGCACUGCUCCAGUCUGAACUUCGGCCUGGGCAACAACGACCCGGUGCUGGGAAUCUCCGUCUCUGAGCUGGAGGCGGGUGUCGAAUACACCUUCAGACUGACCAUCUACAAAGAAGGCAUGGCACCAGAGUCCACCACACAGACUGUGUUUGUCCAGAGUGGCCAUAUCCCCAUGGUGUCCCUGGAGUGUGUGUCCUGUAAGGUCCAGUCCAUCUACGAGGUCAGCCAGAACUCGUACGUCUACCUCAGAGGAACCUGCACCAACUGCCAGGGCGUUUACCGUGGGCGCUGGAGUGCCAUGACGCUGCAGAACGAGACUUUUGUCCUGGACUACUCCUCCACCACCACAGGAGGUGACGGCAUGAAUCUGGUGCUGCGGCAGGGCUUCCUGCAACCUUGCUCCUACAACUUCACCCUGCAUGUGACCGACGACAGUUUAGAUGGAGAGGGCGCCGCGUCCAUCACUCUGCACCACAACACGCCCCCAGAUGGCGGGAAGUGUCACCUGAGCAGGGAAGGGGAGGAUGGAGUGGCGUACGUGGACAGAGACAGCGCAGACUGGACGAUACACACGCUGUUGGACCGAGUUCACUUCAGCUGCUCAGGUUACAGUGACCUCGGGGUCUCGGAGACUCCUUUGCUCUACAGUUUACUGGUGAAGCGCUGCAGAGAAGAUUACUGCGAGGAGUUCUGCGUGUACAAAGGCAGCAGCCCCGAGCACUCGGCUUUCCUGCCCCCGGGCUUCGGCUCAGCCCACCACUAUGUGAAUGUAUCCAUCACAGUGGAGGACCACCAGGGAGCUUACAUCUUUGCACUCAACAAGUCUAUCAAGGUUCUGUUGCCAGAUCCGCCCCCUGAGUACAAAAGCCUUCCCCAUUGGCUGUAUGAGCUGUCCGACAUCAAACUUAAAAAGCUGUUGGAGCAGGGAGACUCCCAGAGGGUCCGAGAGUUAUCGUUGGCUCUUAUAACAGUCCUGAAUGAGUAUGAGCAGUCCAGGGAGGGGGUCCGGGUUUCCCCAGCAGAGCGCGGUUACCGAGUCAGAGUCCGCAGCAACAUCACCAGAGCGCUGACGGCUCUCGACCUGACCACCGUCAACGACAUCCAGCAGACCUCCGCUGCGUUGGCUCAGUGCACGGCGGUCAGUCGGGAGUUCAUAUGCGAGGAGUGUCAGAACAGCACUCUGAACAAGCUGGAGUCCAUGCUGGAGAUCCUGCAAACUGACACCAAGCAGGGCACCGUCACUCCCACUGAGAUAGCCGACAACAUCCUGAACAUCAUGGGUGAUCUGAUCCAUCAGGUUGGCCAGUCAACAUCACAGUCUUACCUCCAGCCUGCCUACCUGGAUUCCCCCUCACCCCCCUCCAACUCCUCUUUGGAGCAGCACCCUCUGCGAGUGGCGGCCAAAGCUUACAGCCUGUCCUCGGUCCUCAUGCGGAUCCUCAUGCACGCCCGCGUGCUCAAUGAGGAGCCGCUCGUGCUGAGGGGAGCCGAGAUCAUUGCCACGGGAAAACUGGCGGACCCCCAGAGUCUGCUAUGCUACCAUGGCAACAUCAUUCCAGAGUGCCAACGUUUCUCCAUCCCUCAAGCUUUUAACUCCAGUCUGCGCCAAGCGGCUGCAGGAAACGGCAUCAUGCAGCUUCUGUUUCAGGUGGAUUCCAACCCCUUCCCCUUCAACUACGUGGCGAACUACACCGUCUCCACUGAGGUGGCAUCCAUGGAGUUCCGCACUGAAAAUGGAACCCAGAUUCCCAUCUCCGGACUGGACGACAGCCUGGCCAUCACCGUCGCUGUUAACAACGGGAGCAGCGGAGUAGAAUCGGGUCCCGAGGGCUCUGCUGGAGGAGGGGUCCUCCCCAUGGCUGUUAACAUCAGCCACUGCGACUCCGUCAUCGUCAGGGUCAGCACAGGAAACACCAACCGACAGGCGGGGCUGUUUGUUCAGCUCAACUUCACCGCUCAGGAGGAUAACAGAGGGAGGUAUAAAAGAGAAGAGAAGGUGGAGGAGCCGUUCAUCACAGCCUACCUUCAUUCACACGGGAAACCCAACGAUUUGAACUGCACGGAGAGCAAACGCAUCACACUCAGCAUGACCAGGGGGCACGAUCUCGACCACAGGAAGUACACCUUCUUCCUGUCGCCAGAGUCGUACGACACCACUCUGGAUUACUUCAUCAACGUGAGCACGGCCUGCAGCCCCGGCCUGCAGCCUGAGGGUGUUUGCCUGGAGGUCGGGGUGUUUGCCUCCCUGUGUCAGUACUUCAGUGAGAAGGAGAAGCAGUGGCGGACCGACGGCAUGGUUCCUCUGGCAGAGACCAACGCCAGCAGAGCAGUGUGUCGCACCAGGCACCUCACAGCCUUCGCCGCAGGCCUGUUUGUUCCGGCCAACGCCAUCAGCUUUCAAGAGCCGGAGCGUUCUGAUGCAGCAAGCCUGGUGGUGCUGAUGGUGUGUGUGUUGGGCCUACUGAGCUAUGCUGUGGCAGCAGCCAUCUUGCACAAGUUGGACCAGCUGGAUCUACGGCGGGCUGCUGUGGUUCCUCUCUGCGGCCAAGACGGACUCUUCAAGUACGAGAUCCAGGUCAAGACCGGCUGGAGCCGAGGGGCAGGCACCACGGCUCAUGUUGGAGUCAGUUUGUUUGGCCGUGAGAGUCACAGCGGGCACCGCCAUUUAGACAGCAGAGGAGCGUUCACGCGCAACGCCCUCGACAUCUUUCACAUCGCCACGGAUACCAACCUAGGCAGCGUUUGGAAAAUACGAUUUUGGCAUGACAACAAGGGUCUGUCCCCAGCGUGGCUGCUACAGUACGUCUUGGUCAAAGACUUGCAGACAGGAAGCAGCUACUACUUCCUGGUUGAUGAGUGGCUGUCCGUCGACAAUGAAAAGACUGACGGACGGGUCGAGAUUGAAGUAGAGGCAUCAGAGGAGGCGGUGCUCCGUCAGCUGCCCCGCCGUCUGCGCUGUGAGCUGCAGAGGGCGCUGUGUGAGAGUCACCUGUGGCUGUCACUCUGGGAGAGACCCCCCCGCAGCCCCUUCACCCGCCUGCAGAGAGCCACAUGCUGCGCCGUGUUACUACAGCUCAUCAUUCUGGCCAACACACUGUGGUACAGCAUUGUGGUGGACAGGAGAUACAGCCCUCGUCGACCCGUGUCCAGGUUUUCCUCGUUGGACGGAGAGACGGUGGCAGCAGGCGUGGUGACCUGCCUGAUCGUCUACCCUCUCUACCUGCUCGUCUUCACGCUCUUCAGAAUGAGCCGCAGCAAGUGCGUAUCUGUGGAGCAGGUGCCACCACAAAUGGAUCAGGAGUCGGUGGAGAUUGAUGACUUCCUGGAUGACUCCAUUGCUGGAAGUUCUUUCCUGUUUUAUAAUGGCGAGACAAACUCAGAAGAGACACAUCUGGAUUUGCCCACUCCAUCAACCAAAAGCGGGGAGAGUUGGGGCAUGGCUGAGGAGGAGAUGGAGGACCGGGAUUGGCCAGAGCUGUUGAGUGAUGUGUCUGUGGUGGGAGGGGCGGGGCAUGGGGCGGGGCUGCCCAGGCUGAAGAGGGGUCAGGGCAGCAGGCACCUGGGUGUCGACAUGACCUUUAACCCUGACGACCAAGAGGGAACCAACCAGCGCAACAAGCACUUCACCUCCUCAGACGAGGAUCUGAUCAAACACAUCCUGGCAGAUGGACAGAACUUCUUUCCUCAGGCAGAUGAGAGUGAGAUGGCUGACCUGUCGAGCAUUUUCGGAGAUAAGACAGAAGUGAUUCUCCUCCAGAAGCUGAACGAGCCUCUCCCUCUAGAAUCUGUGAGAAGAGACCCACCGAAGACUGCUUUCACCUCAAAUACAGUUGUGACGGACGUGUGUCGACCCAGACGGUUUCCUCCCUGGUGUGGACAGGCCGCUCUGUGGGGCAGCUGGGGGGGGCUCGCUCUGGCCAACGGCGUUUCAAUUUGGGCGGGUCACGGGUUCAGUCAAAACGUGUCCAUGAUGUGGCUCAUCUCCUGCUUCGCCAGUUUCCUGUGUUCCUGCCUGCUGUUGGAGCCAAUCAAGGUGCUGUGUGAGGCGGUUUACUACGCAGUGUGUGUGCACCGCCUGCGUCCAGAGGACCAGGAUGUGCUGGUGGAGUUCCCCCGGGUGGAAAGAGUGGUGCAGCGGGUCCCCAGGGUGAGACCCCCUCAGGGCUUCGCUCUGUCUCAGGCUCGACACCAGGCCCGCAAGGUCCACAUGCUGCACACCAUGCUGAAGAAUUUCCUGGUCUACAUGUUCUUCCUGUUGGUGGUUUUGCUCCUCAACUACUCUGACUCGGCCAAAGACACACACAGCCUGAGACUGCGCACCCAGCUGCAGCGAGCACUACACACACCUGAGUACCACAACAUCAGCAGUCGAGCUGAUGUUCUGGUUUGGCUGAAUGAGUCACUGUUGCCACGGCUACUGGAUGAAUCUGCCCUCUUGAGGGACACAGGAAGCGUGUUGCUCGGCACGCUGAGGCUCCGCCAAACUCGUGACGCGCUGGUUGCAGGGGGUUUCGGGGCAGGAGGCAGUAUUUGGGGAAAGGGGAAAGACGCUGAGAAUCCCGCUGAGAAUCCCACUGCAAACGGUGCGUGGCGUUAUGACGGAGGAGACGUGGUCCUCCAGCUGAACAGGACUCUGCAGGAGGCUUCCUCCUCCUUACAGCAGCUGCAGCAGCUCCAGUGGCUCGACUACAGGACCCGUGCUGUGUUUGUGGAGUUCUCGCUCUACAACAUCAACACAAACCUCCUGGCCGUCUUCUCCUUCCUGUUUGAGUUUCCAGUUUCUGAGCGUGCCCAGUCCAGCCUUGACCUCCUUGUCAUCACUCUGUGGCCAAUCACAGGCCUGGACCUUCAGCUCCUUCUCAUGAUUGUCCUUCUCGCCCUGGUGCUGUACUUCCUGGUGCGGGGGGGCUUGGGGGUCCUCAGAGAGGGCUAUGUGUACCUGCUGUCCACCUGGAGGCUGCUGGGCCUCUGCAAACUGGCCCUGGCAGCGUGUGUGUGCGGGCUGCACCUGAGUCGCUGCACCAUGGCAACACAGCAGUGGGCGGCGUACCUGAAGCAGCCGCGGGAUGCCUUCACUGACUUCCUCCCUCUGGCCCGACAGAGCCAGACCUACACCGCCAUGUCGGCCCUGCUGCUGUUCAUACUGGUGCUCAAGGCGUCCCACCAGUUGCGGUUCUUGAGGGAGUGGGCGGUGUUUGGGAGAGCUCUGCGGCGCUCCGUCUGGGAGCUGCUGGGCAUGGCGCUGGCCUUACUGCUGCUGCUGCUGGCCUACUCUCACACAGGACACCUGCUCCUCCACUCGGUGUAUGGUGGCUACGGCAGUGUGAGCUCCGCCUGCCUGUCGUUGCUAGGCGCUGGCGGCCGCGGUCUGCUGUCAUGGCGACCCAGCUGGGCGACUACAGGCCCCUCCAGCAGCGUCUCUGCGCUGGUGUUCCACGCCAGCUUCGCCGUGCUGCGGCUGGUGUUGCUGUGGUUGGUCACCUCGGUGAUCCUGAGGAACUACCGGCGCGCCCGAGCGGAGCUGUACCGCCCCGCCGUGGAUCUCCAGGACUACGAGAUGGUCGAGCUGUUCCUCAGGCGGCUCAAAAUGUGGAUGGGACUCAGCAGGGCCAAGGAGUUUCGUCACAAGGUGCGUUUCGAGGGCAUGGAGCUCCCCCCCUCCCGUGCGUCCUCCACCAGCGACUGUAAGUCCCUCUGCCUCCCCCCGCUGGACGGUCCCGACUCGCCUCCAUCACCCGACAGCAUCGAUGCGGGCUCUGAGGCCUCAUGGCGCCCAGCCUCCUCCAGCCCCUGCAGCCUGACGGAGGCCCCGGGGAUCGGCCUGGGCCUCGGGCUGGGCCUGGGUCUGGGGCUCGGCCCGGGGGUGGAGACGGGGAGCACCAGCUGGCGCGAGAGAGCCGAGACCGAAGCGUCUCUGCGGAGGCUCCACCCCACCCUGGACGCCCUGCUGCAACAGCUUGACCGCGUCACCAUGGCAACAGAGGAUCUGUACCACAUUGAGUGUAGACUGGAGAAAACCCAGAGGAAGAGAAGGCGUAGAGGGAGAGAGAGGGGAGGUCAGGGAGGGAGGGGCGAGGCGGGACAGGGAGGAAAGGACGAGGACUCCGCUGGAUGGAGGAAGAGCGGCAAGGAAAAACACAAAGGGAGCAAAAAGGGGAAAAAGACGGAUAAAAGUGAACUUCUGAAGGACGACGGAAACACCGCCGUCAACCCCAAAAAGACUCCAGCAGCUACACCCGUUCUGAAGCCCAGACCCUCCUCUGCCGCUGCACACACCCCCGCUCCCCCAGCAGUCAGUGCUCCUCCACCUACACCGGUCGCAGAUAAACCUGCCUCUGACACCCCCCCUCCACCUGUCCCUUCAGAAAUCACUCCCCCUUCUCAUGUCCCGCAGCCCAGACCCCCCUCUGCACCCCCAUGUACCCCCGCUCCUACCCCUUCCUCACCACCCACCCCUGCUCCGACGCCCAGUAGCCGGGACUGGGAGCCCCCCUCCUCCAGCCUGUUCAACCACCCGGCUCACACGACCACCAUUCCAACACGCAAGCGGAAACGUAAACCCCCACCCCUCAAAAACAAGGUGCACCCAAACCUAGACAGGCAGGGCCCCGGACACCCCAAAACCUGAGGAGCAUUGAUAUGGUUGUGAAAAGAAGAUGUAGAAAAAAAUGUUGGGUUAAGGACGAGAGGAGGACGGGGGCAGCAGGUUCUGUCCCCGAGGGGCCCCUCUCUAGACCCAGGAAGAGAGAACUGAGUGGAUUAGAAAGUAAAAGUGCAGAAAGAAAAGAAGAAGAAUCCCAGAGACAGCAGAUGGGGCGAUGAAGGAGGAACAGAAAGCAGUACAAAUACUUUGCAGGUUUAUAAGCAGAAAUCCGUCCAAAUCCCACUCUCAGAAGCUAGGUGCAGGGAACCAGAUGCUAACUGAGCUGGGUUUAGUCAGUGAAGUAAAACAUUGACACCAAGAAAUGCUUUUAUUCCUCAUUUCCCCAGACUAAAAAUGACCCCACGUGACCCUGGAGGUCACGUGGGGUCAUCACUGACAGGAGUGCAUGAACGUACUCACCCAAGGAUUACAACUACGCCAUCCCACUUUUUGUGUAUCUCAGAAAAAUCACGUUGAUUUCUCAGCUAUGUCGUCCGUCUUCGUAUUUUUUAUAUUGUAUAUUUCGGUCACCAUGGGUACUUGUGGCCUGUUUGAAAAAUAGUUGUGUUUCAUGGACCCUUAGUUUGCAUGCAGGCACACAGAUAUAAGCACAUGCAGGUGUACACGUGCAUGGGAAUAACACUGUAGGCACAGACGCGCUAAUGUAACGCGCCAUCCACUCCAGCUCCACUGAGGUACAAGAGAGGAAACAUGUACACACAAACACACGCACACAAGGCUGUUGGGGUCCCAGCAGCCUCUCCUUCCGGGUGCAGGUAUAACCGUCCAGAGUAUGGAGAAAGGGAAGGCACAAGUAGUGACGAGAAGGAGGCGUAGCACAGAGAAAACUAGCUAAAGAGCGUUAGAAUAAACAAAAGUUGAGAAAGCAGAAAGGAACAUUUAGUUCUCCCAUCAUAAAGCUAUACUGACUCCCAGUCUGAUUAUCUUUUGUGUUCGAUAUGGUCGUGAUAAGCACUUUUUUUCUGUUUUAUUUUUUGUAUUGUGGUCCUGAAUAAUAAGCUUGGUGUCCGAACCAACAGAGAAAGCUUCACUCAUACUGUAUCUAAACUAUAAACGUUGCCAAAGCUUAUGUAUGCAUUCCGAGUUUUACCAUGCCAAGUAACCUUUCGUUUUGUACUUAGCACUUUAUUUCCUAAUGGAGCUGAUAUGCCAUAUUUAACUCUCAUGUUGUCAUUAACACAUUAUAAUAACAUCCUAGUAAGUAUUAUCAAGGUGUUACAGCCACAGCUAGACUUUUUGUGUGUGUGUGUGUACUUUUGUCUGCUUGUUGUUCCUGUUUUUGUUAUGUUUUAUUAACAUGUAAUCGUACUUCCUGUGUCCAGUGGGCAGAUCUCAGGGAACCCACCCUUUUGCCCCAUAACCUGGACAGGGAAACCAAAACAUAGGUGCUUUUAAUAAUCUGAGGAAACAUUUAGUGGUGACUUUAUCUUCCUUCUCCCAGACGUAAAUUGGUAGCUAUGUGUGAACGCCCUUAUUUUCAUGGGUUUUAAAAGAAUUUGAGAAAAGAGUGUCUCUUACAAUUAAACCCCGCCUGUAUUAAUCCCUUAAUCAUUUCUGAAGAAGUCUCACAGUUCAGGCUCAAGAAAAAAUACCCUUCUUCCUCCCUGUGUGUACAUUUCUGUAUAUAUUGGUGCUUCGUGGUGUAUAUAUUUUUGCUUUUCAUUAUCAGUAUUGUUUAUGUGCUGCAGUAGCAUAUGCAUUAGGUCAAGCACUGGUGUUGCAAACCCCAAAGUUUUACAUUUCUCCAAUCUAACAGAAAGCACUACAGCCAAAGCUAUAAAUGUGUGUAAUAUGAAUAUGUGUUCACAGUAAGCCAACUCUAAACACCAGGAAGCGCAGCAGGCCUCCACUGGCUCUCUUAUUCUGCUCUGUGUGUAACAAGCUAGUGCCAAAGCCCGCCUCCAUGUCUUUGUGUGGUACGAUGCUUUUUGUCCUAAAACAAAUCACAAAUCAGUUUGAAAACAUGUGUCUAUUCUUUGUAUCUCAUGUCUGUAUUUUGCAGUUGUAGCACUUCUCCUGCUUUUGCACUUGACAAAGUCGAAUAAAGAGUUUGACAGCUAAA